CUCGCCACUGAGUCCCAGUUCUUUCUGAAAGAAGCCCAGGCGGUUAUCCAGUCUUUCCACAGAAAAGUUGAGUAAAUAGGGGGCGCGGGAGAUCAUUCUUGCGAUCGCAUGCCUGCUGAAUUUUUUAGAGCUCAGACUGUGCAAAACACAAGAUGGACGCCAGCUGGGAGGGUUACUUAUAGCCACAUAACUACCACUGCCCAGAAUCACAAGGAAAGAACAUACGAUGGCGGCAAACAACAGGAUGGUCAACGAACAGCAAGUGGAGGACAUCACCAUAGACUUCUUCUACAGGCCGCACACCAUCACCCUGCUCACCUUCACCAUCAUCAGUCUUAUGUACUUCGCCUUCACCAGGGAAGACACGAGCCCAGAAGACAAUAUAUGGAGAGGAAUCCUGUCCGUCAUCUUCUUCUUCCUGAUUAUCAGUGUCUUAGCCUUCCCCAAUGGACCCUUCACGAGGCCGCACCCUGCAAUAUGGAGGAUGGUGUUCGGCCUCAGCGUUCUCUAUUUCCUCUUCAUGGUAUUUCUGCUCUUCCUGAACGUCGAGCAAGUGAAAGCAGUCAUGUAUUGGCUGGAUCCAAACCUGCGCUAUGCUACAAGAGAAGCUGAUAUAAUGGAAUAUGCAAUCAAUUGCCAUGUGAUCACCUGGGAACGAAUACUUAGUCACUUUGAUGUCUUUGCUUUUGGCCACUUCUGGGGUUGGGCCAUGAAGGCAUUACUGAUCCGCAGCUAUGGCCUGUGCUGGACAAUUAGCAUCACUUGGGAGCUGACAGAGCUGUUCUUUAUGCACCUUCUUCCUAAUUUUGCUGAGUGUUGGUGGGACCAAGUUAUCCUGGACAUCCUCCUAUGUAAUGGAGGUGGCAUCCUUCUUGGUAUGGUGGUCUGUCGCUUUUUGGAGAUGAGAAGCUAUCACUGGGCAAGUUUCAAAGACAUUCACACCACCACGGGGAAAAUAAAGAGGGCUGUGCUGCAAUUUACGCCGGCCAGCUGGAUCUAUGUGCGUUGGUUUGACCCUAAAUCUUCAUUUCAAAGAGUGGCUGGAGUGUAUCUGUUCAUGAUCAUCUGGCAGCUGACGGAGCUCAAUACAUUCUUCUUAAAACAUAUCUUUGUAUUCCAAGCCAGUCACCCGCUGAGCUAUUGCCGGAUUCUCUUCAUUGGCAUCAUUACAGCUCCAACAGUCAGGCAAUACUACGCAUAUCUUACCGAUACACAAUGCAAAAGAGUUGGUACACAGUGCUGGGUGUUUGGGGCAAUUGCCUUCCUUGAAGCAAUAGUGUGUAUUAAGUUUGGGCAGGAUCUGUUCUCCAAGACCCACUUGCUGUAUGUGGUACUGUGGCUGCUGUGUGUGGCGAUUACAACUUUCCUCUGCCUCUAUGGAAUGGUGUGGUAUGCCGAAUAUUGCGGACAACGACAAAAGAGCUUUUCUGAAUGUGAAGACAGCACUUAUAAUACUGAUAUUCCCUGGCAACAUAUGGAGAAGACGGAAAUUCCAGCGAGACACAAUGAAAGUACUACAACGUCCAGGAGAAAGAACCGCAGGGGCAAAGUCACCAAUGGAGUUGGAAAGAAAUAACUGUGAGAAUGGAGGCAAGCCUUAAUACAGGUGUGCAAGCCGAACCUGGUGCUGCUACUCUGUGUACGACGGCGAAGAAGGCACCAGGACGGACGCGUUAUCGGAAAGAUGCAGCUCUUGUGGCUCGUGUGAGUCAAGGAUCCUGAGUGACUGUGAAUUUCCAAACCAUUCUUGCCAUUCUGACCCUGGAUCCUACUGUAACGUAUAACCAAUGACAAUAGGUUUCAUAGUCCACCCAGUGACGGGCACCAUGUUGCACGGCUGAGAGCAUCAGUAAGGUUUCUGACCUGCAAAGUUUUUUUUGUGACGUGCUGCUUCUUUCUGACCGAUCGGUCUGCCUCUUGCUGACUUUGAUCGCUGCUGAUGCUCUGCCCUACAUGGGCAUUUAUUCUACCGUAUAGUGUGACGUUUCUGUUGGUUUUGCUUUCUUUGUAAUUUUCACAUGCAGUCAGUGUGAUGUCCUGCUUUAAAAAAUUAUUAUUUUUAUUUAUUUUUUAACGGUCAAGGGAGAUGGCGCUCUCAUGUCUUGCCGUUAUCUAACUAGGCUGCAGACCGCACCUGCUUUUGUAACUUCACCUUUUUCCAUUUUGCUUUUAAUAUUGUGUAAAAAAAAAAAAAAUUUAAUGCAGCGCAUGUAAGAGACAAAGUGUCAUUUUAGCGAUUGGAGCUCGGAUACUGAUACAGAGUUCCAAAUCCCCUGCAGAGAAAAGGAUUUUUAAAAAUAACUGCAGAGGGCUCCCCCUAGUGGUAGCUGCAGGCAGACAUUUUUUAAAUCUACACAUGUGUCGGCGAUUCUAUAUAAAGAAAAGGCAAAGCUCUGAUCCCUUUCAAGGUAUGUUAAAGGGGUUGUCUCACUUCAGCAAAUGGCAUUUAUCAUGUAGACAAAGUUUAAAGGGGUUGUCCUGGCUUUUUAUAUUGAUGACCUAUCCUCAGGAUAGGUAAUUAAUAUCAGAUCGGCAGAGGUCCGACACCCGGCACCCCCGCCAAUCGGCUGUACGAGGAGGCGGCAUGCGCAGUGUGCACGUGCCCUGUACCUUCUCUCUUGCUGUCCCAUAGACAUCCAGCAGCACACAGGAAGAGAGCAGGGAGACGUCUCGUGCACACCGCACACGUCGUGUCCUCAUACAGUUGAUCGGCGGGGGUGCCGGGUGUCAGACUCUUACUGAUCUGAUAAGCUCGGCCAACGGCUUUUAAUACAAGGCACUUUCUAAUGUAUUGUAAUUGUCCAUGUUGCCUCCUUUGCUGGUUUGAUUAAUUUUUCAAUCACAUUAUACACUGCUUAUAUCCAGGGGUGACGACCACCGUGCAAUCCCAGCAGCAGUGGUCGUGCUUGCACACUAUAGACAAAGGCGUCGGCCUCUCUGGUGGUCGGGACCAUGGGACCGUGCAUAAGCCAUUUAUUUUCUAUAGCGGGGAUCCGCAACCUCUGGCAUUCCAGCUGUUCUGAAACUACAACUCCCAGAAGCCUCCUUUCAUUUCUGUGGGAGUUACAAGAACAGCCGAGUAAGUUCACAUGCUGAGAACUGAAGUUUCACAGCAGCUGGAGGGCCGAAGGUUGCUGAUCCCUGUUCUAUACUGUGCAAGCACGACCACUGCUGCUGGAUUGCAGCAGUGUAUAAUGUGAUGGAAAACUGAAUCCAACCAGCAAAGGAGGCAAUAUGGAGACUCCCAAUACAUUAGUAAUGUCUACAUGAUAAAUGCCAUUUGCUGAAGUGAGACAACCCCUUUAAAUUAAUUGGCGCUAAAUUUUCAACCUAGUUAGUUUAGAAUAAUGUUCAAGGCGGAAAUUUACUUUAAGCUCUUACAUAGACACCGCAAGCCAAACAUGACAAAGUGUCCUCGGUUUCUAAAAGUGGUCUGGAACUGAGGCGGCCAAAGCUCCUCCGCCAGUGUUACGUGUUUCCAUUCGCAAUCCUGUCACUUGUACGUGUUUCCAGCCAUCAUAUCUUUUCUAGAUGUUAAUACAUUUCUGCUCACUCAAUAGCCUUUCCUCAGUCUCCAGAGAGCAGUCUGGUGGGAGAAAUCACCAUCAAGAUGCCAAAAUACACUCCAGAAGCUGUCCUGCAAUCUCCAUUGAUUUGUUUGCCACAAUCUUGAGUGGGUUCUUAAUUGCCGUUUUGAUAAUCUGGAGGAGAUGGGAGUUGGUACCAGCCGCUGUGUGUACGCCAUCAACACUGUGCUAAUCAUUCGGGUACAGAUUAAACUGUUACUGGGAAAAAAAAA